AGGCGAGUUUUAAAGGCGGGAGGCACCAGGAUGCCCACUUAGUCCGUUGGUCUUCAUCUUCGAUAGCUAAAGGGAGUAAAGCAGAAACUGAGGGGAAACAGGUGGAAACUUGAUCUUAUGAUGUUAGAAAACACACUUCCCUUCAGAAAUAGGACAUUUUUUCGUAAUUUAAAGUGAAAAAAGUUAAAGACCGACGAGACGCCACUGUGAGGAGUUUUUUACAGGACUGCAUAGCUUUUAGAAGCGAAAAGCGACCGUUACAAUUAGCUUACGCUAACGCAGCUAGGUUAGCUAGUCAGUUAACGCAAAUUUUACCUCAGAAACGGACACCGCGUUUGUGGUUUUCAGCAGAAAAUUCAAAGUCUUGCGGGGAAAGCGGGAGACCAUGGCUGGGUGUUGCAUGUCAGCGGAGGAGAAAGAGUGUCAGAGGAUUAAUCAGGAGAUAGACAAACAGCUUCGACGAGAUAAGAAGGACUCUAGAAGGGAGCUGAAGCUGCUGCUGUUAGGCACAGGGGAGAGUGGAAAGAGCACCUUCAUUAAACAGAUGCGCAUCAUUCAUGGCUCUGGCUACACUGAAGAGGACAGAAAAAGCUUCACAAAGCUGGUGUACCAGAACAUUGUUACUGCCAUGCAGUCCAUGAUCAGAGCUAUGGAAAUGCUGAAUAUAUCGCUGUCCAGUCCAGCGAAUCAGGCUCAAGCUAAUUUGUUGAACGAGCUGGAGGUUGAUAAGGUGAUGGAUUUGGACCAAAACUAUGUGGAGGCCAUUCGCAGUCUCUGGAGCGAUCAAGGCAUUCAGGAAUGUUACGAUCGCCGCAGAGAAUAUCAACUAUCCGAUUCUGCCAAAUAUUACCUGAGUGACCUAGAGCGGAUUUCCACCCCAACAUAUGUGCCCACCGAGCAGGACAUUCUGAGGGUACGAGUUCCGACCACAGGCAUCAUUGAAUACCCGUUCGACCUGGAAAAUGUCAUUUUCAGGAUGGUGGAUGUGGGAGGCCAGAGGUCAGAGCGCAGGAAGUGGAUCCACUGUUUUGAGAAUGUGACCUCCAUCAUCUUCCUGGUAGCACUGAGCGAGUAUGACCAAGUUCUCGCAGAGUGUGACAAUGAGAAUCGUAUGGAGGAAAGUAAAGCUCUGUUUAAGACCAUCAUCACAUACCCAUGGUUCCAGCAGUCGUCUGUUAUUCUCUUUCUCAAUAAGACAGACAUCCUUAAGGAAAAGAUCACAUAUUCCCACCUUGCCAACUACUUUCCAGAGUUUACAGGUCCUCAGAAUGAUCCUAAAGCAGCACAGGAGUUUAUUUUGAAGAUGUACCAGGAGCAGAAUCCAGACAGAGAGAAGACCAUCUACUCCCACUUCACGUGCGCUACUGACACGGAGAACAUCCGCUUCGUCUUUGCUGCAGUGAAGGACACCAUCCUUAGACACAACCUGAAAGAAUUCAAUCUAGUCUAAUUCAGGUUUGAACAUUUACUCCAGAACCUCCAGAAGCCUUAAUCCAUCUCUUCCUCUGACCCUGCAGAGCUAUCUCCACAUAUCCACUUUCUCAAUGGUUGGCUAAAACUCUGAAGCGUCUAGAGGAAGGACUCAAAGGCCAUCUGGAUCUGGCCAUCAAAAGAGGAUUGGUAACGAACUGUUUUAAGUUCACACUUCACUGUGGCCUUAUUCUCAGUGUGAACAAGCAUUCUUCGGAUCCUCAUUUGAACAUAUUAUAACAGACUAGAUAAUUCAGAUGCAACAUCUAUUGAUGCGUCCUCUGGGUAGUAGGGGUGAUUAGGGAAGCAGGGGGCAUGAUAUUUAAGACUAUGUGAAUGUAUUAGGAAUUGAAUCCCUUAAAUGGUACAUGCAAAAAAAUGCUAAGAAUGUGAACAAUUGUAGUUUGAAACUUGUAUAAUAAAGUUUACAUUUGUAGAUAUAUACAAUUCAAGCCAGGGCAGGGACAGGAUAUAAAAUGCAAAUAAUAAAAAACUGCAGUGUUUCUUGUAUUUACUUUGACUUUUAUCUCUUUGCAGACAGUAAAAAACUGAGAUCUUUCAUGUUUUAACAUCGCCUGUUUAUUUUUUCAUUGCUCAAACCCAUCAUUUUUUGGAACGUGUUGCAGGGACUUGAAAUUCAAGAAUGGGUGUAUAUUAACAGAUAAAAAAGUCCAGAUAAAAACACAAAAAAGGAGCAUACUGUCUACAGUGGCAAUAAGUCAUUGUGCCAAAGAAACACUGCAGUUUUUUGUUUGCAUACUGUCCCAGCCUUAUUUAAUUGAGGUUGUAAAUGUCCAAACCAGUUUUAGAGACAAAUAUACUCUUGAUUUGCCCUAACAAAUUUGCACUUGACUUAGAAGAUGCCUGCUAUUUAUAUAUUAGUUCUAUAUAUGUGAAACAAUAAUGUGGAUUUAAUAAAAUACUCAUUACUAUA